UCUUCAGCACAUCUACGGUCAUCAUGGCGUCUCUAUCGAUGACCCCCAUGAACAUCUUCAGAGCAGGAGCGGAUGAGGAGAAGGCGGAGACGGCGCGUUUGUCGUCCUUCAUCGGAGCCAUUGCCAUCGGGGACCUGGUCAAGAGCACCCUUGGGCCCAAGGGCAUGGACAAGAUCCUGCUGGGCGGCGGCAGGGACAGUGUCGUGACAGUCACCAACGACGGAGCCACCAUCCUGAAGGCCAUCGGCGUCGACAACCCCGCUGCUAAAGUGCUCGUGGACAUGUCUAAGGUGCAGGAUGACGAGGUGGGUGACGGGACCACGUCUGUGACAGUGCUGGCGGCCGAGCUGCUGCGGGAAGCAGAGCUGCUGAUCGCCAAGAAGAUCCAUCCUCAGAUCAUCAUCUCCGGCUGGAGGAAGGCCACGCAGGCGGCCCGAGACGCUCUCAGAGAGGCAGCGGUGGAUAAUGGGAGCGACGAGCUGAAGUUCCAGCAGGAUCUGAUGAACAUCGCGCGCACCACGCUCUCCUCCAAGCUGCUGACGCACCACAAGGAUCACUUUUCCAAGCUGGCCCUGCAGGCCGUGCUCAGACUCAAGGGAUCCGGAAACCUGGAGGCCAUCCACAUCAUCAAGAAGCUGGGAGGAAGCCUGACCGACUCCUACCUGGACGAAGGCUUCCUGCUGGACAAGAGGAUCGGAGUCAACCAGCCCAAGAGGAUCGAGAACGCCAACAUCCUGAUCGCCAACACCGGCAUGGACACGGACAAGAUCAAGAUCUUCGGCUCCAGGGUGCGAGUGGACUCCACUGCUAAAGUAGCUGAGAUCGAGUCGGCCGAGAAGGAGAAGAUGAAGGAGAAGGUGGAGCGCAUCCUCAAGCACGGCAUCAACUGCUUCAUCAACAGGCAGCUGAUCUAUAACUACCCCGAGCAGCUGUUUGCGUCCGCUGGUGUGAUGGCCAUCGAGCACGCUGAUUUCAUGGGAGUCGAGCGCUUGGCUCUGGUCACAGGUGGAGAGAUCACCUCCACCUUUGACCACCCUGAGCUGGUGAAGCUGGGCCACUGUAAGCUGAUCGAGGAGGUCAUGAUUGGGGAGGAUAUGCUCAUACACUUCUCUGGAGUGGACAUGGGCGAGGCGUGCACCAUCGUCUUGCGUGGGGCGACGCAGCAGAUCCUGGACGAGGCUGAGCGCUCGCUGCACGACGCGCUGUGUGUGUUGGCUCAGACCAUCAAAGAGACACGCACCGUGUUCGGCGGAGGCUGCUCUGAGAUGCUGAUGGCUAAAGCCGUGACCGAUCUGGCCAACCACACACCAGGAAAAGAGGCAGUGGCCAUGGAGUCCUUCGCUAAAGCCCUGAUGAUGCUGCCCACCAUCAUCGCUGAUAACGCGGGGUACGACAGCGCAGAGCUGGUGUCUCAGCUGAGAGCCGCUCACCAGAACAAGAAGAGCACCUUCGGCCUGGACAUGAGCCAGGGCGCGGUGGGAGACAUGGCGGCUCUGGGCGUCACCGAGAGCUUCCAGGUGAAGAGACAGGUGCUGCUGAGCGCGGCCGAGGCGGCGGAGAUGAUCCUGCGCGUCGACAACAUCAUCAAAGCUGCUCCCAGGAAGCGUGUGCCCGAUCAUCACCCCUGCUGAACACUCACAACAGCCCGUGUAUUUAUUGGUCGGAAGUUGAUGCUCUUUGUUUUGUAGUUUGUUUUCGCACUUCCCAAGCAUUGGUUGUCUGCAUGUUACUGCUCUACUUUUGUUUACUCAAUAAAACCGUCAUGAACAUCCGAA